AUGGCGGACCUCGCCAGCCGAAUUACCCAGCCGCCCGCUGAAGGCGAUGCCACCGGUGCCGCUCCUGCAGCUGACGCCCAGGAGGCUACCCCUGCUGGUGGCCCCGGUCUUUGGGACUCGGAACAGAACGUCCAGGUCACUUUGAGCGAUCUCCAAGCGGAUCAAAACACCCCUUUCUACUCGGCGACGACUUUUAAAGAUCUCAAUCUAUCGCCCGAAAUCCUUCAGGGACUUCUUGCCCUCGGAUACCGCGCGCCCUCAAAGAUCCAGGGCACCGGAAUUCCGUUGAUGCUUAAGGACCCCCCUCACCAUCUGCUUGCUCAGUCACAGUCAGGAACUGGCAAGACGGCCGCGUUUGUCAUUGGCAUGCUUUCGCGCAUCGACCUGACCCAACCCGACGUGCCGCAGGCCUUGGCGCUCGCCCCCAGUCGAGAGCUCACGCGCCAGAUCGAGACCGUUGUCAAACAAAUUGGUCGAUUCUGCGAGGGUCUCCAGGUUGCUGCUGCAGUCCCAGGCGCACUUCCCAGAGGAGAAGCUGUCAAGGCUAAUAUCGUUGUGGGAACCCCGGGCACGGUGUUGGAUACUAUCAGACGCCGACAGCUUGAUGUCUCUCAGCUACGUAUCCUCGUUAUCGAUGAGGCCGAUAACAUGCUAGAUCAGCAGGGUCUGGGUGACCAGUGCAUGCGAAUCAAGCAGUUGUUGCCUCGAACCAUCCAAACUCUACUAUUCUCAGCCACUUUCCCCGACAAAGUCAUGAGAUACGCCGAUAAAUUUGCCCCCAAGGCUUUGAAGAUGACCCUUGCAGCUGGUGAGCAGACAGUUAAGGGUAUCUCUCAGAUGUAUAUGGACUGCCCUGGCGAGCAGGACAAGUACGACAUUCUGUGCAAGUUGUACGGACUAAUGACUGUUGGUUCGUCCGUCAUCUUCGUCAAGACCCGUGAGAGUGCUAGUGAGAUCAAGCGGCGAAUGGAAGCUGACGGCCACCGCGUAACGGCUCUUCACGGUGCCUUUGAGGGAGCGGAGAGAGAUGCCCUGCUCGAGGACUUCCGGUCCGGAAAGACAAAGGUACUCAUCACUACCAACGUCUUGGCUCGCGGUAUCGAUGUAUCGACGGUGUCCAUGGUUAUCAACUACGAUAUCCCCAUGAAGGGCAAGGGCGACAGCGAGCCUGAUCCGGAGACAUAUCUUCACAGAAUCGGACGAACUGGUCGAUUUGGUCGCAUCGGCGUCAGCAUCAGUUUCGUAUAUGAUAAGAAGAGUUUCCAGGCUCUAAGCGACAUUGCGAACCAGUACGGUAUCGAUUUGGUGCAGCUGAAGCCCGACGACUGGGAUGAGGCGGAGAAGCGCGUCCAGGCCGUCAUUAAAUCCAACCGCGCGCAGGCGGCAUUCGUCCCUAGCGCCACGGACCCUCGACAGCCUGCCGAGGCCUAG